AUCAGUGACGCAGAGCACGGCUACGGAAGACUAUUGAAACACGAGUGGCUCGAAUUUUCGGUUACGGGAUCUUCACUAUAGACCUGGCACUAACAAACGAAACAGAGUCUUAUUCUUCGUGGUGGUUUGUAAUGUAUGAAUGGAUAGCUGACAUAUUAUCGUCGCUGUUCCUGCCUCUUUCUGCUGAGAAAUCCGAAGACUGGCCUAGUGAGCGCGCUAACGGUAAAGCGCGAGCCGCGGCCAUAGACACGCAGCGGCAGGAGAACAGCAGGCCCGCCAAACGCAACUAUCAGAGCGUCUACUCCACUGAUGGUGUGUCAGAGUACCCAGAAGUCAAACGAGCAAGACAUGAUGUGAUUGUCAGGGUGGUCAAGAAAACUUUUGCUGGAAUUGCUGGUCUGUUCCGUUCGAGAGUUCAUAGAAAAUCUGAACAUGAAAAGCAGAAUGCCUUCACGCAGGUUGGCAGGGUUACAUUUAUGGGUAUUGAUGACAUAUACAGCAACAGCCUGAGUUCAUGGAUUGAAAGUGACAGCAUGGAUAAACAAAUGGAAAUGGGACUUAAAAAUAAAGAAAGAACAGCAGCCAAUAUGCAAACCAAUCCACAGGCUUUACGCAAACCUGAUGGAACAAUGCUGUACAAAGCAAAUCAGGACAGAAGCAGAGAGAUGCGCAGAUCCUUGAAGCUAGUGGCGUCCGGGACUACCCACGGGCUGAAUGCAAGGCAGCCUGAGAUGGAGCACCCAAGCCGUGCACCCAAACCUUGCCUGACAGUGGAGGAGGCAUUGAGAGAGAGUGAUCGAGAGCAUUAUAGGAAGCUAGUGGAGAUGGCAUCUGAAAAAUAUUCAAAGAGCAAACCAUUGCCAUUUGGACGGAUGAAGCCUUCCAUCACAGCUUUUCCCAUUGAUGGACACAAGGUCAAUGGACACACCUCCAUCUGUCGCACUACUGACUUGAGCAGACCUGCGCCAGUAAGAGUCAUCCCUAACAUGUCUAUGUGGCGAGAUCCACUAUCUCUGACGCAGAUUAAAGACAGAACAUUGGAUGGUUAUCGAAGCGCAACAGGAAAUGAUGUCAAGGAAGGAGCCUUGGAUAAUCACACUACAAGAAAAACCGCUGUUGAUGUUGAUCUGUCAGCUGAGGUUGAAGCCAGGUUGAAUCUGAAGGACAAGGAUUCUGCUGUUGGGCUUCUAAUAUCUUCUAGAUCUGAAGUGAUUACAGAUGCAGUGAGGCGCGGUGAAGAGGAGUUUCCCAGAAUGACCAAGGAGAUGCAGCAGGAAGUGAGUGCUGCUCUUGCUCAAAGUGAUCCAAACCUGGUUUUGUGCAGUGCUUUCAAACUGCGUAUCACACAGAGAGAUCUGGCAACACUACAAGAGGGCAGCUGGCUCAAUGAUGAGGUGAUCAAUUUCUACAUGAAUCUUGUGAUGACCCGCAGUGAGCAGGAAGUAUUAGGCAAGAAGGUCUACUCUUUUAGUACCUUCCUCUUUCCCAAGUUGCAUAGCGGUGGACAUGCUGCAGUACGGCGCUGGACGAAGGCUGUAGACCUCUUUCUGUUUGACAUCAUUCUGGUCCCCCUUCACCUGGGGGUUCACUGGUCCCUCGCUGUUGUUGACUUCAAAUCAAAGUCUGUCCGAUCUUAUGACUCCAUGGGUCAACGACAUGAUGACAUCUGCAACUUGAUUCUACUUUAUCUGAAAGAGGAGUUCAAGGUGAAGAAGGGAAAAGAUUUGGAUGUGUCGAAGUGGAUCGUGAGCAGUCUUCGGCCUUCUGAGAUUCCUCAGCAGAAGAAUGGCAGUGAUUGUGGUGUGUUCAUAUGCAAAUAUGCUGAUUAUAUCUCAAGAGGACACAAUCUCACUUUCAGACAGAAUCACAUGCCAUAUUUCAGGAAAGCUAUGAUCUGGGAGAUCCUCAAUCAAAAGCUGCUGCAGUAGGAACGCCGUACUGACUGAAUCUGUUUGACCAAAGCACAGGACCACCAUACGUCUGUUCCUCCUGCUCUUUUUCUAGAGACAUUUGGCUUUAUAUUGGUCUGGUGCAAAACUCCAUGCGAUUCUUUUAACAGGGAGUGGAUUGCAGAUUCCAGGCUGGGUUUGUUUUGCACAAUUAACCAACCCUUACUCUAAUAAACACUAAAAGCGCAAAAGUGAGUCAAGGAGCAAAAACACUGGACUGGCUGUGAAUGGAUUUGAGCAGGCUACAGCCUCAUUAGCCGUUGUUUUAAGGCCAGAAUCGUUCUCAUUCCAAGAAUGUAGUCUUAUCGCCUGCCUACUGGUUCUACUGUGAGCAAAUCACAGAAGUAGCUGUUGAUGUGUAGUUAUGCUAGGUGGGAAAUAGUUACAAAACGGACCCUAUUUUCAAUAAGCUUUCCUAGUGUGGGAAUGUUUUAGCAUAUCACUCUUAAGUCAUGUUUGGUUUAAUAAGGACUGAUAAAAAAUAUUUAUUUAGUUUGAAUGAUAUGCGGUGAUGUCAGCCUUUUGUAUGUCAAGAUUUGUGUGUUUUAAAACCCACCAUUAGUCUCAGAGCAUCUUGGGUUUAACGUGCAUGGCAGUGAUGUUACUUGCACCGAAAGCAACAGUAUUGAAUGGAUCUGUUUUGAGUUUUUUUUCUCUAAAUAGUCCUGGCCUCCAAGUGCCUUGUUUUGAGAGCGUCUCCCAUUUUAAGGUUGUAAAAUAUAAAUGGCUUCUGUUUCUGCAGCAUCCAAUAUGCUUGUUUUAUAGAUUUCUGUGUGUGUGUAAGCAACAGAGAUUAAUGUAAAGCAGGAGUUGGAUGUUUGGGUCAUGAAUGGAUUUGAUCUUACUAUAUUCAUCAUCCCAUUGGCUGUAGUUGACAUUUUUAUAAAACUGGAGAUGUGGAGCAGUACAGAUGUGCCAAACUGGCUUUUCAGUGGUUAACUAACUGGAAGACCCCCCCCCCCCCUCUCAUCCGAGUAAUAAUACAGGAUCAAAAAGUGCUUUAAUUCUGACUUGAAGUGAAAAAGAAGAAAAAAGGUCUAUAUUUAUUUGUUUCUGUGUGGCUCUUGUGAUUUAGUUUGGGCCCCGAGUGCAUGUCCUUAAGUGGGAUUGUUUGUGAGAAUGGAGAGUGUUUGGAUUGGCAGUGGGUGAGUUUUGAUGCAAGCUUUAAUAUGGAAAAAGAAAAGGCCCGCUGCAUAUGAGCUGUUCUUGUCAUUAAUGCAGAAUGUUGGUCAUUAUUUUUUUAAGUAAUAAAGACGU